AUGGCCCACACUCGAGCUCAAACAGCGACCCAAAGGGCGCUCCCAUCACCGACAUCAAAUUAUCAAGGAAAUCGACCCCAGGGCAAUCGCCUACGUCCAACUACACCCAGCGAGACGCCGACCCCACAAGAACAACCGGCGCCUGUCCAGAGCAGAGGUCGCAAGCGCAAGCACCCAACCGGACGCGCACUCGAGGGAGACCCAGACCCAGACGCAAAGCGACAGCGGACAUCUCCUCCACAUCCUACAGAAGACGCAUUUGGGCAGCCAGCGGUUGUCAGCGGCGCCCAUAAACACACUGACUCAGUUGCUUUCUGGGCGAAGGAAGGGCGCUGGCCAGAGGAGCAGGACUGGCCGGAAGACACCUCAGAGACGCAUUUUACCAUGGAUCGUCUACCACUUGCGCGAAAGAAAUCCUCGUCCAAUCUGUCCCGGAAGCGAUCGAACUCUGCUACAUCCACGACGCCCAGUGACCAGAAGCCGAGGGAGGAGAAGAGCGCACCAUACCGAGACCAGCGUUAUGAGACCCUGCUCGAGGUCAAAGGCAGCUACAUGACCAAAGCUCCACUAGGCUUAGCCAGCGCCAGCCAGGCUCUUUGUCGGUCUCUCCUGGAGAAGACGCAGCCAGUUCCUGGCGAUACACUUUUCGGCGACGAUGUCUUUGAAACGACAUGUGAGAAGAUACAUAAAAAAAAUGAGGCGCGAAUCAUACAAGACAUCAGUCGGCUCAUUGUUCCUUCAGCUGAAAGUCUUGCGACGUUCGGUGCAAAACACCUUGACAUCCUGACAGAGAGCGUCAACGAAGGGUGGAACAACUCGAUCCCUCUCACCAGCACCCGUCCACAGCCUGACUACUCCGUUGGGUUCAGACGAGACGCAUUCACUGAGGACCAGCUCGCCAAGUUGUCGCCAUUCAUUGGCGACUUCAUCACCGGGGACCAGUCUUUCUUCAUGGCCACGUACUAUAUGUACUUCCCGUUCCUGACUUGCGAGGUGAAGUGUGGCGCAGCGGCGCUCGACAUCGCAGAUCGGCAGAACGCCCAUAGCAUGACCCUUGCGGUACGGGGCAUCGUCGAGCUCUUCCGUGCUGUCAAGCGCGAGGAUGAGGUCAACCGGAAGAUCCUCGCCUUCUCCGUCUCGCACGACCACCAGUCAGUACGGAUUUAUGGCCACUACCCAGUGAUAACAGGGAAAGACACCAAGUAUUACCGGCACCCGAUCCGAAAUUUUGCCUUUACUGAGUUAGACGGCAAGGAGAAGUGGACAGCGUACCGAUUCACCAAGAACGUCUACGACAUAUGGAUGCCCAAGCAUUUCGAGAACAUCUGUUCUGCCAUCAAUCAGUUGCCGUCGGAGUUGAACUUUGAUGUCCCACCGCUUUCCGAGGCGACCGGGCUUUCCCAGGAUUUGGGGAACUUGAUGCAGUCAGAUGCCAGCUGCGCUUCUCUGCCUGACGAGCGGGGCAGCCAGUCGAGCAAUGCCGGGCAGCAGGCGGUCACUCCAGGUACCUCAUUCAGUGAGCCGAAGAGGAGGAAAGGAUAA